AUGGCGAUAAUAACUAGUAACAUAAUAUUUGACUUAGUGGGGUUGGUAAUUGUAGUUAUUUUCAUACUUAUACUUUACUUCAAACGAGCGUUUAAUUAUUGGAAAAGCAAAAAUGUUCCAUAUGUCGAACCGAUAAUCCCGUGGGGAUCUCUUGUUCCUCCACAUAAAAGAACUGAACCGAUCGGGGAUGAAGUUGCCCGGAUUUACAGGGAUGCUAAAAAAAAAGGAUGGAAACACCUAGGAUUUUAUAUCUUGAAUGGCCCCAUAUUCAUGACAACUGAUUUAGAAACUUUAAAAUGCAUAUUAACCAAAGACUUUAAUCACUUUGUUGAUAGAGGGCUCAUCGUAAAUGAAAAAGUUGAACCGAUAACUGGACAUAUAUUUUUCCUUGGCGGCAAAAAAUGGAGAAAUUUGCGAACUAAAUUUACACCAACAUUCACUUCAGGAAAGAUGAGGCAUAUGUUUGAAACCAUUGCAGACUGUGGCGUCAAACUGGAACAAUAUAUUUUAAAGGAAAUAUCGUAUCACGAACCCUUUGAUAUUAAAGAUAUAUUAGGAAACUUUGCUACAGAUAUUAUCGGAUCAUGUGCUUUUGGUUUAGAAAUCAACAGUUUUACAGACCCAAAUAACCCGUUUAGACUAAUGGGCAGAAAAAUUUUUCUUAGAUCACCAGUUGGCAAUUUAAAAUUCUUAUUAGUGUCAAAUUUUCCUUCAAUAGGCCGUCUACUAAAAUUGAAACUAUUGGAUCCUGAAGUUACGAAGUUUUUCACUAAAGUGGUAAUCGAUACUGUUAAUUAUAGAGAAAAAAAUAAUGUUCAGAGACACGAUUUUCUACAGUUGUUGAUAGACAUGAAGAAUAAUAAGGAUGCAAGUAAACAGCCAGGCGAUGGAAAAUGUUUGACCAUAAACGAAAUGGUCGCCCAAUGUUUUGUAUUUUUCAUAGCUGGAUUUGAAACCAGUGCCACUACAAUGGCUUUUGCCUUAUAUGAACUCAGUAAACAUCUAAAUAUCCAAAAAAAGGUUAGAGAAGAAAUUGACCGUGUUUUGAGAAAACAUAAUGAUGCCGUCACUUACGAUUCAAUAAGUGAAAUGAAAUAUCUUCGACAGGUUAUUGAUGAGACUCUCAGAAAAUACCCAGCAGCACCAUUUAUUACAAGGCAGUGUGUUGAGGAUUAUGUGGUUCCAGGUACAGAUAUUAAAAUCGACAAGGGCGUACGAGUAUACAUUCCAAUUAAGGGAAUUCAUUACGAUGAGGAGUAUUAUAAAAACCCAGAAGUAUUUGAUCCUGACAGGUUCACAGAUGAAAAUAAACAGAAGCUAAAGCCUUAUGCAUAUAUACCAUUCGGUGAAGGUCCGAGAAUGUGUAUAGGAAUGCGAUUUGGUAUAAUGCAAUCCAAAGUUGGUUUGGUAAGCAUUCUGAAAAACUUUAAGGUUUCUUUGAAUAACAAAACGAAAGAACCCUUGAAAUUUUUAGCUGCUAGCAUGAUACCUCAAGUGGAAGGCGGAAUUUGGCUGAAUCUGGAAAAAAUUUAA